AUGUCUCACUCGUCCCAACCCGAACAGCAGACCGACUCGGACUGGAUGCCCUACUCUCGCCCCUCGAAGACGGAGGGGACCACGGAGAGGAUCUUCGACGCGGUGGAGUUCCGAAACAAAAAUCUCCACCUCAAGUUCCUGUCCGUCGACUGGAGCGAGGCGCGACUCGUCGCCGAAGGUGACCCGGAGUGGGGCAUGGAGUACCUCUCCCCCCCUCAGCUCCUGCCCGGCCUCCCUUGUCUGUCUGCGUCGAGCGCGGGGCCGAUGACGGCGGAGGAGCUUCAGAAGCACCUUGAUCGUGAGGAAGCGGGUCCUGCGGAGACUCCGGACAUCGAUCCCCGCCGCAACCGUCACCUCUUCGUCGACUCGGGGGGCAGCAAGUGGAUCCGAGCCGGCGUCGUGUAUUCACAAGAGCUGCCACCGGCAUACCUGAACUUCAAAGAUCAGGAUGGCGCGAGACGUUUUUACACAAAAACUGUGCGGAUCGAGUCGCGAAUGACGGUGGCGUGCACCGAGGACGAAGCACGAAUCGCCAUUCGUUCCGACUUCGACCCAGUCAUCGCUUCAACCUCGGCCACCACCCCUUCGCCGGCCGUAGCGCCCACCUCCGCUUACGCCUCUGACUUUGUCCGAGGUAAGUUCUAUUUUUCAGCGUUUUAUGUUUCCACUCGGUCCUUGGGCUGA